AAAAAUGUUUCAUUGUGCUAAUGAUCAACAGGGAAGUUCUUAAAAUUCGGUCGCUAUUUUAAGUACCUACAUUUGUAACGUUCAGUCCCUUAUCAAAACGUUAUACAUAAGAAGACUAGUGAAAGGGCCAAACUAUUCUAUUAAAAUGUUUAGAAGAUCAUGCUUCCUGACUUUAAUUCCACAGAUGUUGCUCAUUGCUCUAGUGGCAUGUCAAUCUAUUCCAGAAUUUUCUCAAAGUUCGCCGAUGAGAAUACAGUGCUCCAUAUCUAAUGAAAUGCAGUUCACCAAUUCCACUUAUAACUUAUCUUCUGAAGAGUUACUUAUAAAAUUUGACGGAAGCUUUCUAGGUAACGUCACAAUUACAGGUAAUGGAGAUGAAGAAUUAUUUAAUCAAAAUGCUGCUGUUGGUGACGAAAGUGACGACGAAUUUUACAGUGUAGCAAAAUUCAAAACUGAACGACUGAGUCGUUUUAACCGUGAUGUUGCUGAUCUAAACCCAAGUUUUGGAUUAGCCACACGUUUCACCGAUGUAACGCCGACUUCGGUGAAAUUUCAUUGGAAGCUUCCUGCUAACACUACGUACUUCUGUAAGCCUACACGUGGAAUGACGUACAUUAUACGGUAUCGUCCUGUUGAUGAAUCUGACCCAGAAUAUAUGAGAGAACAUGGAUUUUUUCCGGAAGAAUCUCUAGAUUUCCCAAACUUGAUACCUAAUACGAGAUAUCGGUUUCACAUUCUUUGCAGAGAAAGCGAUGACAAAGAUUACUUUAAUUGGAAGCAUCCUAAAACUUCUUAUGUGAGAACACUUCCUGAUGUUCCUUACUGGAGACCAGAAAUUGCCAGUUCUUCAUUUAUCAGUAAAAGUGAAUUCUUCGUAGUUAUGGAAAAACACUUGUUACGUAAGAGAAACAUAACUUUGUACUGGAAAAAGAUUCCUAAGGAACAUGAAAAUGGUAGAAUGUUUCAAUACUGGAUUCACGUUUCAAAUCCGUACCAAUCACUGGUAAAGGAAAUUUCUACUUUCAGAGAAACCACGCAUACUUUUACAAACAUGGAGCCAAAUAUUCCUUACGUAUUUAAAAUAUUUGCUGGCAACAUUGUCGGAAAUUCAUCAAACUCCUCACAGAUAACUGUCGAUCCGGAUACAUCAUUACUCGAAACAAGGAUACCAAGUGUCUACACCCAUGAUUAUAGAUACGAGAUUGCUUGGAGUGGUUCUGGCGAUGAAAAAGACCAUUAUACUCUAUUUUGGUGUAAAAUAUCGCAUCCCCCCCGUCCUGUAAGAUGUCAAGAUUCUCUGGAAUGGUUACAUUUGAAGUCACAUGGAUAUGUUUUGUAUCUACCUUUUAAAAGCAUUCAUUAUCAGUUUGCACUAUCUGUUAAUUUUGAAAAUCGGACAUCAGGAAUGCUUUGGGCUCCGUGUCAUGUUUCCACAAAUAACAAAGUUGCGUAUUUUGUUUUGUCAGAGAUUUGCUAUAAGUUCAUAACUUCUGUGCCAACAGGAUCCGAUGUCGGUAUGUUGUACUUGUGAGCGAAUUUGCAGUUGGAAGUUUCAAUUGGUUUGAAUCCAUAAUUCAACUCAAUAAAUACUUUUACAUUUUGAGUUUCCUUUCAUUAAUGGUUCCUUCAAAUAUUGUGGAAAUCUGUCAACAUUAAGUUCUGAAUUCUUCCAAAAAUAUAUGCGAAUUUGCGCAUGUAGAAAUAUAUAAAUAUAAAACUCAGUUUCUAAUAUUCUAUGGAUAAACAGCUAAAAAUUAUUUUAAAAUGCUUGGCCAUUGCUCCGACCUUCAAAACUUCCGAAAUGU